AUUGUGGUCAAGAGGCGUGAGAAGAACUUCCGGUUUCGUUUUAUCAGUUGUCUGCUAGAAAUAGAAUUGGGUUUAUAACUCUGAUGUUUAUCAAAAGUUACUGAUACAGAAUGAAAGGAAUUUAUAUCUUGAGUCCAUUGAAUCAGCAAAAAUUUAUAUUGGAUCAGGAGAUAGAGAAACCAACUCCAGAUAAAUAUGAGAUUGUGGUCCAUAUUAAGUCUUGUGCUCUAGUUUGUCCAAAUUGUAAGGCAUUAAAUGAACUGUAUAAAAAGAACCCCAGAGAGAAGUAUAUAGUUGGUCAUGACAUUGCCGGAGUGGUAGUAGAUUUAGGAGAAGGUGUAUCUAAUGUUCAUGUAGGAGACUCGGUUGUUGGAAUAAUACCUGUAGACAGUUACUAUCCAGGAUGUGGAGAGUUUUGUUGUGUGUCAGAAUAUGAUGUGGUAAAGAAACCUGAGAGAUUGAGUUUUGAAGAUGCAGCAGCUGGGAUUGGCGACUGUGUGAAGGCAUACACAGCUUUGUUUUAUCAAGCCAGAGUCUGUUCAGGAGAUACAGUCCUUGUUAUAGAUGGAGCUACACCAUUUGGACAUAUCGUCAUUCAGCUAGCUACACAAUGGGGAGCCAAGGUUAUAACUACAGCUAGUAGUCAGGAUGAACAAAUGUUUCUAGAGAAAGUUAACCCACCAGUAGCUCAGAUUAUUGACAUAGAGAAGAGAAGUAAUAUAUUGGUGAGCAGUGUGAUGGAAGAGACAGGAGGCGUUGGUGUGGAUGUAGUUAUAGAUAAUGGAGUGAGAAUGUUUACUCAAGAUGAGGAUAAACGAGAAAUUGAGGAGAAAAGAAAAUAUCCUGUCCUUCAUAAGCAUGAUGUCAUAUCCUGUUUGGGAAUGUCUGGGAAAUGGAUCACAAGCCAAAGUGACUUGCAGCUUGAUCCACCAGAUAGCCAGCAGUUAUUUCUACGAGGUGCUAGUGUUAACUUUCUAUUUGAAAACAUGUGGACCUUGUCAUAUGCCCAGCAUGGAAGAUACCAGCGUAUCCUUUAA